CUUUUCUCCAUUACAGAAAAAGAGCUAAAAAUUUUCUAGUGGCAGAGAUGACUGCCGCUGUAAGUUCGCCGGUUUUCUCACCGUCGAGGAUUACUGUCACCUGCAAGACCUCGCCGAGAACUCUAACCUUCAGCCGACAACAAUUCUCCACUGCGUUAGCCGAUUGUUUGUCGUCCCCAGCUUCAUCUUCUUCGCCUUUGCGGAGGUUCCAGCGAGGGGCCAGUUGCCUCGGAAUCAUUAAGGAGCUCUGCGCUCCUCCGUUUCCGGCCUUCGAAUCUGAAGCCACCUCACUUUCUCUCUCUGCUGCUUCUUCGUGCUCUUGCUCACCCCCGGUUGCAGCCUCGAAUGUGUGUGUUUCUACUUCACUUUUGAAGAGGAAGAGGCCCACACGAUUGAAUAUUCCGAUGUUGGGAUCGUCGGCUAUCGAGCCGCCGGUGUAUUCCGAUGGCCGGCGGGAGGUGGAGGCAGAGAGUGCGCGGUAUUCGGUUUAUUGUAAGAGGGGGAGGAAGAGGAUUCAGAUGGAGGAUCGAUACAGCGCGGCACUAGAUCUGGUCGGAGAUCCCCAAAUGGCGAUAUUUGGUAUUUUCGAUGGUCACGGGGGAUCAAAGGCCUCCGAAUUUGCAUCUAAAAAUCUCGGGGAUCGUAUAUUGAAGGAGGCGAUGAGGGGAAGAGGAGAGGAAGGUGGUAUUAUGAUAGAGGAAGCGGUAAGAAAUGGAUAUCUGGGAACCGAUGUAGAGUUCCUGAAGGACAACGCGAAUGGAGGAACUUGCUGCGUUACCGCUUUUGUCAGAGAUGGAGAUCUCAUCGUCUCAAACGCUGGCGACUGCCGUGCUGUGAUGAGCUUCUCCGGUGAAGCUAAGGCGCUCACUUCCGACCACCGCCCCUCAAGGGAGGACGAGAAGGACAGGAUCGAAAGCCUUGGUGGUUAUUUAGAUUGCUCUAGAGGCGUAUGGAGAUUGCAGGGUUCCUUAGCUGUCUCGAGGGGAAUUGGAGAUUCCCAUCUCAAGCAAUGGGUUACAGCAGAACCAGAGACUUGUGUGAUCAAGAUUGAACCUGAGUGUGAAUUUUUAAUUCUAGCUUCUGAUGGCCUUUGGGAAAAGGUUAGUAACCAGGAGGCCAUUGAUGUAGCUCGACCUAUCUGUAUGGAUCCCCAGAGACCAUCUUCACUCUCAGCUUGCAAGAAGCUUGUUGAGCUAUCUGUUUCUCGAGGUUCGGUGGAUGACAUUAGUGUCCUGAUAAUUCAGUUGGGACAUUUUCUGAAACAAGUUCAAUAAUUUCUGCUCGAGGAAAGCUCAUUUUGUUCGCCAAUACAAUAUUGACCAACAGAAGCCAUAAGCUCACCCUCAGAAGAGCUGUAACCUAGUAGAUGGAUCGAACCUGUGUACGGCUUAUUGAUUCGAAUUCAGCGGGUGGUUUAAAUGAUUCAACCCCACCCUCAGAAGAGCUGUAACCAUUCUUUGCUUGCGAGAAGCUUUUCAGUUGCUACGGGUAUACUGUUAUCAUACAACGGUUGAUAACUUGGCUUCUGUUCAAACUUUCUAUGUUUACGAUCUUUGAUACAGGCAGUGUUCAAUUUUACCUGUGUUCGUUCGUCACAAGCCAUAAGCUUUGUAGAGAUGAUGGCUUCUUUAUCCUUUGUAACUUUGAAACAUAUAUAAUUGAUGAUUAACAUUAAUGAAAACUUUAUUAUUAUUGUUAUUAUUUUCACCAUAAAAAGUUCUUCUCAGAUGAUCUAU